AUGCAGCUCCCCGCGCUGCUGCUGUGUGCGCUGAGCGCCGCCGCGGGCGCUGGCCCCGCGGACGACUACGAGCUCCUGUACGUGAACCUGGAUAACGAGCUGGAGCCCGUGCAGCUCCCCACCGACGAGCCCACGCCGUGCGACUGCCGCCGCGAGCCCUCGGAGUGGGACAAACUGUUCACCAUGCUGGAGAACUCGCAGAUGCGGGAGGCCAUGCUGCUGGAGGCCACCGACGUGGUGCUCCGCGGGGAGAUGCAGAGGCUGCGAGCGGAGCUGGGCCGGCUGGCGGGCGGCCUGGCCCGGCCAUGCACCGCGGGUAAGGUCCGGGCCGCGGGGACCCGCGGGGACCCGCACGCCCUCCCUCCCCCGUCGUGUUGCGAUUGCGCCGGGUCCACUCCGUGGGAGCGCACGGCCCCGGCGGUCCCCCACCGCGCGCACCCCGUCCCGGGCCGGAUAUCUCCCUUUCAAAACGACCCCCGACCCGAGAGCCCGGAGGAGGCUGGGGACGGUAACCGUCACAGCCCUGACCCAGACCCCGGGACCCCUACGCCGGUUCCGCCAGCCCCGCUGGACCUCACCCCCACCCCCCGCCCCCACACACCCCGCGGCUCGCUUUCCCUCCGCUCGGGAUUUCCUCCUCUCCUGAUUCUAUCGGGCCCCUGUCUUCGGGGAGCUCGGAUUUCUCCGCACUACGUCCGGCAGACUUCCCGCCGAGUUGACCCGCCCUCCGCCGGCUCCUCCCACGCCUUCCCCGCUGGGUCCAGUUCCACCUCCCCGGGGUGGACCGCGAGGAUGGCCCGGAGUGCACGUGUCUCACGCCCGCCCCUCUCCCCCCACUCUCGCCCGGCAGGCUGUGAAGUGGCCCUCGUGUUCCCGAUGCGCUCCCCGCGGAUCUUUGGCAGCGUGCACCCCGUGCGGCCCUUGCAGCUGCGCGCCUUCAGCGCGUGCCUCUGGGUGCGGACCUCCGAGGUGCUCAACAAGACCGUCCUCUUCUCCUACAGCACGGAGCAGAGUCCACGCGAGCUGCAGCUCUCCCUGGGUCCCCGCGCCGUGGAGCUGGUGGUGGGCGGGGAAGGGCAGGGGCUGUCGGCGGCCCGGGCCGUGGCCCCGGGGCGGUGGACGCACCUGUGCGGCACGUGGGCGUCGCAGGGCGGCCGCGCCUCCUUGUGGGCCGACGGACAGCUGCUGGCCGCCGCGGCAGAGGUGGCCGCUGGCCAUCAGGUCCGUGCGGGCGGCGCCCUGCGGAUGGGCCAGGAGGGCGGCGGAGGCGCUGGCGGCGUCGACCACGCUCCCGCCUUCUCGGGAUGGCUCACCGGCUUCAACAUCUGGGACCGUGUCUUGAGCGAGGCCGAGAUCCGCGAGGCCGGCGGGGACGAGUCCUGCCACGUCCGCGGGAACGUGGUCGGCUGGGGCGUCACCGAGAUCCUGCCCCAUGGUGGUGCGCAGUACCUCUCCUAG